GAAAAAAUAAUGAAACUAAUUAGACGCUUAAUUAUUGCUCUAUACUUUUUUCUCUUCUGUUUAAACUUUAGUAGUUUUAGAUUAUGAACGAUCUAAUUUAUUGUUUAUAACAAGAUUGGUAUUACGCUCUUUUUUGAAUGAAAGCAUACGCUUGCGAAAUCGCACCAUUGAUACUGAAAUACGUUCACUCACUGAUUUAUUCAUUAUGCUCGAGAAAGUUUUGUGGCAUGGUUUUAUUAAAUCAGCUCAAAAAACAAUGAUAGUAAUGCGUUCUCCCGAGUUCGAACUAUGGAAUUGUCUUGGAAAAGUUGCUAGUGUAAAUGUAGAUAUGAAUGAUAGUUAUCAAUGCAUUAAUCACCUGGAUAAUAUUAGCACUCCUUUGAUUCGUAUUCGGGCUUUCAUGAGACUAGCUGUUAUGCAAAAAAAACUCGGCAGCUAUUUCGAAGUCCUGACAUCAUCGCGCUAUAUCAGUUUUGUUUUACAACAUAUUUUCCGGGAAUUUUAUGAGCCGUGGGCAUUAAUUCGUCAUGAAGAAUGUGUCGGUUUAUCCGGAUUGUUGAUGGCACUUUCAGUUCUUGAUUGUAAUCUUGAAGUGGAUCAGUCACUACUAGAAAAAGUGCCAGGGACAGUUGAGUUGUCUGUUUAUGUAUCUUUAUCAAAUAUAUUGGAUGAAAGCAGUGCAGAGAAAGAAUCGUAUGCAUCUAACGCGAAACUAUUAGAACUUGCUCUAGAUCAAAAAAAUUUUUUGGAGGAACGGAAUAAUAAUCUGGAAUUAAAAGUGGUAGAGCUGAAAAAGAAAUUGGAAUUGACCAAUAGUUCUUCCAUCAAUAAAGACAACGUAAAGCAUUCCUUUAUUACUUUUCCAUGUUUUAUUACUUCAGUGUCUAGCGUCUUUAAGUCUUCUGCUUGGCUUGGUAAUUUCAGAGCUAGACUCGCUCAAUUAACUUCAGAGAAAGAUGACUUUAUUAGAAUUUUACGGCAGCAGUUGACAGAUACUGAAAAAGUUAAUGUUGAUUUACACCGUAAAAUUCGUGUAGUAGAAGAGCAGUGUCGAGCUCUAAAAAAAGAUUUGACGAAUGAAAACGAAUUGCAUAUUCAAGAACGAGAACAAAAGCAGCAACUUAUUGACAGUUUAAUAGAACAAAAUUCUAUUCAUCAAAGUAAAUUGGCUCAUGAGAUUGGAGCUUCAGUGACAUUGAAAAAAGAACUGGUCGAUAAAACCGAGCAGUAUAUGCAAGCAAUAAAUGUAUUAGAAAGAAAACAGCUAGAAUUGUCUGCUGCAAAUGACAAACUUGGAAAGUUACAGCGGCAAAAUUCAAACUUAAAUGAGGAGCUGAAACAGUUGCUGGUUUUAAAGCAGGAAUUUGAAGAAUUAACUGUUAGUUAUGAGUAUAAAAGUAGAAAAUUGAUAGAAUGCGAAAAGGCCUUAGAAGAACUCGGUGGUCAUCUUUCCGAAUCAAAAUGGAAAGUAGUUGAAUUAAAGGAGAAAUUUUUGCCUUUCUUAAAUGCUGAAUGGGAAAAGGACGGUGAUGUCGUAAGCUGUAAGGGUUGUAAUUUACAAUUUAGUGUGAGCAUACGAAAACAUCAUUGCAGAAAUUGUGGAUCAAUAUUCUGCAAUUCAUGCACCGAUUCACGGAUUAAGUUACCGUCUAAUGCGAAACCAGUACGAGUGUGUUCACGUUGUUUCAUCUUAUUGUUGUCACGUCAUGAUUCACCUUCGGAAGAUAAUUCCUCUAGUAAUUCUUGA